ACGGUGACAAGUCCAUAGAAGGUCUCCACGUCCUUCAUCCAGGAUGGCAUGAAUAUGCAUUCAGCUUUCAGCUUCCACAGACAUCACUUGCUACUUCAUUUGAAGGCAGACAUGGCAAUGUUCGUUACUGGCUGAAAGCAAGCUUGCACAGACCUUGGCAUCUACCAGUAACAUCAAAGAAGGAAUUUACAGUCUUUCAGCAUAUAGAUAUCAACACUCCUGCAUUACUGUCACCGCAAACAGGCACGAAAGAGAAGACUCUGUGCUGCUGCCUUUGUGCCUCAGGCCCAAUAUCCUUAAGUGCCAAAAUCGAAAGGACAGGCUACACCUCAGGGGAAUCGAUUCUGAUCUUUGCAGAGAUUGAGAACUGCUCUUCCCGGGUGGUUGUGCCGAAGGCUGCCAUUUACCAAACGCAGGCGUUCUAUGCCAGAGGGAAAACGAAGAAAGAAAAGCAACUUGUCGCCAACCUACAAGGGGACUCCCUGUCACCAGGGAAGACUGAAACCUGGAAUGGCAAACAGCUGAAAAUUCCACCUGUUUCUCCAUCGCUCCUCGAUUGUAGUAUCAUUCGUGUGGAAUAUUCUCUAAAGGUAUAUGUGGAUAUUCCAGGCGCAAUCAAUUUGUCCCUUGACUUCCCACUUGUCAUUGGUACCAUACCGUUAGCACCCAUGUGGCCGCAGAACGUCCAGUACAUGAAUAUGAAUUGGCCUGGUUUGACCCCUGCCUGAAAGACC